AUGUUUUUCUUCUUUCUCCUCCACAAUUUUCUCCGCUUCCUCUUUAACAUUUUUUCCUUUUUCUCUUUCCACUCACAUUUUCUCCUCUUCCUCUUUCUACUCCACAUUUUCUCCUCCACCUCUUUCCACUCCACAUUUUCGCCUCUUCCUCUUUCACAUUUUUUCCUUUUUCUCUUUCACAUUUUUUCCUCUUCCUCUUUCCACUCCACGUUUUCUCCUCUUCCUCUUUCCAUUCCACGUUUUCUCAUCUUCCUCUUUCCACUCCACGUUUUUUCCUCUUCCUCUUUCCACUCCACGUUUUCUCAUCUUCCUCUUUCCACUCCACGUUUUCUCAUCUUCCUCUUUCCACUCCACGUUUUCUCCUCUUCCUCUUUCCACUCCACGUUUUCUCCUCUUCCUCUUUCCACUCCACGUUUUCUCCUCUUCCUCUUUCCACUCCACGUUUUCUCCUCUUCCUCUUUCCACUCCACGUUUUCUCCUCUUCCUCUUUCCACUCCACGUUUUCUCCUUCCACAUUCCCCCAACACUUUAUCCUCUUCCACCCCCACUUUUUCAUCUUCCACCUACUCUACCAUUUUUCUUCUUACUGUUUUCUCUCCUUUCUUCUUCCUCCCACAUGUUCGCCUCUUUGUAACUCUUUCGUUUUAUCUUUUCUCUCCUCAUCUUUUUUAUAACUACUAUUUUUCAUUUUUUUCUUUCCUGCUAUAA